AUGCGUAUGAAUGAUAAUCGAUGGACAAGAGCCGUUAGUGACUGGAUUUCUCGGGAUAUGAGACGUACUGCAGGAAGACCACCGACGCGACGGUCAGAAUUCUACACGAAGAGCCUAAAAGAAAGCUAUGAUGCUCGACGAAUCCCUAGAGCGAGCAGAACCCACUGGGCUACUCUUGCACGCGACAGCGUGAUUAGCGCGUCAACGGAUUUGUUUUCCUUGGGAGUCAAAUGCGAUGCACUGAAGCGGAUCCAUCUCACCAUCUGCAUCAUCAACGUCAAAACAAGUUCGCACCAGAAAGCCGCCGUGCUAAGAGGGCCAAUGCUAGGGAUCAUUGCCGUCCCUAAAGGAACCAUGUCGCAAUGUGGCGAAGGGUUCCUCUCAUCAGUGAAUGCCGAAAGUUGCUCCCACACAUGA